CAGCUACGGGUGCCCGGAUGGCUUUGACAGUCAGGCACGUUGGAGAGGCACAGCGGAGACUGGGGCGCACGAGAGACGGAGAGCUGGAAUUGCAGAGGCAGAGACGCACGGGCGCACGGUCGAUUUUCGCCUCCCGCAUACUGGGGAGUCCCGUGCCUGUCGCCAAAACCGGACCAUAGAGCUCGAGCGCAGCUGUGUCAGCACCUUAAUUAGGGAGAAGAGUGUAAACCAACGUCCCCGCUCCCUAUUUUUCUGUUACAUUUCUCCACCUUUUGUUUUUUUCUUUCUCAUCUCUGUGGGUGCAGAUAUUGGUGAGAGCCAGCUGAGUGGUUUUGUGGUUGAGCCGCACGAGACGGUGGCGCGCGACGGCAGGAGGAGAUAACGUUUAUACUGAUGUGGGAGGACUAUCUCCUUCUAGUGCAGGGAGCUCAGAUGAAGGGGGAAUGCUGCUCGCUGACGGCUGCAGCCGUCAAGGCAAGGGCUCCGUGACACGGGCGAGGAGUGAAGUGAAGCACCGUCACCGACAGCCAACGCGAGCUGCCAGCCCCUCAGCCAGCGUUGACUCCUAAUCAGCUCCAGCAGCCAGCGUAAGCAUCCAGACUCUCUCUCUCUCUCUUCCAUGGUUUGAGGCUGUUGAAGCAGCAGGCAGAGGUUGCAUCAGGGCUGAGGUGGUGUGGAGGAACUGAUGGUAGCUGCGUUGCUGCACGGUGUCACUCAGUCUCUGCGGACCCCCUGACCCACUUCCCCCUCCCCACCUCUCUUUCUCUCCUGGCCUCACAUACACUUUCUCCAUCUCUCCCCUCUCUCUGUUGUAUCCCCCUUCUUCUUAUCUGUCUAAACCUCUCUGUGAAGCCCCCCUCCUCCCCUCACCACCUCUCUCUCACUACCUCUCUCUUUCUCUCUCCCCUCCAUGUCCCCCCCUUACACCCCCCCAUGCUGUUUCAGUGCUGCUGCCUGUCUCUUAGCAACAACUGCACACCCGUUAGAGCUCAUCUUUCUCUGACCUUCCUCAACUCACUGUCCCUUUCGUCUAUUUGUCUGUCUUUCUGCAUCUCUUUUUCUCACUCUAGCAACCAUGGGCAAAAGACAGGAGCAGAGGGGAGAGAGAGAGAAGAAUGUGUGCUCUCCACUGCAGUAUUGAUGACCCAAUGAUCCCCUGCAGAACGGAGCCAGUCAAGCAGACAGAGUGAGGCUCAACUCAGAAUCAAAAUCAGAAUCAGCGCCACAACCAUUCAGUAAAAGCAACCAUUUGAGCAGGAUAUGAAUGGCUCCUGAAUCUUCUUGUUAGCUGUUAGAAGACAACAGCAAUAAAGAAGAAACACUCAUUUACAUAAAGCAGAUAGCGUCCCCCUUUUUUCUCCCUCACUACCAGCAAAAUCAGCCACUGAAUGAGUGGCUUGUCAGAACACCUGCUUUCAGGCCAAACUGGCGGCUGUGGUGGAAAUCAGGCAGAGGAAAAAGGGGGUGUGGGGGGCCUGGAGGAGCUGGAAGGGCCUGAGCUCUGGACCAGGGAGCUCAGGCUCCAGGAGGGGUCCCAGGAUCCCUCUAACGAUGGACUGGCACCGGUGACCUCUGACCACAUUCCUCCAUCCCCUUCUUCUGCCCUGGCCAACGGCCUCCACUUACAGAGAAGGCUGGGGCACAACACCUGUCGGCGGAGGCAGACAGAGACUCAUAUUACCGCUGAGACCCAUACUUUUUCAGAGACGUUUAGAAACAUGCAGACACACAUAGACUCAGAUGUGAACGAACAGGCUGUUUUGCAUGCACACACAGAUGUCAAUGCACAUACGGGUUGUGUAGGGCCAGAACACCCAAGAACUCUCACACCAGAGGCCAUACACACAACCUCACCUCAACCCCUGUCUUUGGUGCUUGGCAGUCAUCCUGCCUCCACUAAUCAGCUGGCAGCCCCAGUCCUUGCUGCAGAAACAGACAUGCCAGCAACCUUCUGUCCUGUACCUAUUAGUCCAAACCCAAACACAGGCUCUGCUCCUCUUCCUGUGGAGGCAGAGAAGAAGUAUGCACUCCGUAGCUCUGGACGUCCCCGUUUCCCUUGUCACCUGCGCAAAUCCUCCCGCCUCCGCCGAAGCAUAGAGGAUGGGGAGAAGAGAACAGGGAGGGAGCGGAGAGGAGAGGAGGAAGAUGAAGUAUUAGAGGAGAAGAUCUGGAGGGUUAAAGAGGAGGAGGUGGCAGUUAGCCAGACAGAAGAGCAUUCAUCUGUGGAAGCUGUUCUCCCCAUAACUCCCUGCACUACAGAGAUUGCUCUCGCUCUUACUGCAUCCAAACCUCUCCCUAAACCUGUACCUAAACCUGGGCCCAGACUUGGGCAUAGGCCUGGACCUAAAUCCAGAUCUAGACCUGCACCAAAAUCUGUACAAAAAGCAGGCCCUAAAAGUGUCAUGAAACAGCGUCAGGCAGCCCAGUCCAUUCCUCAUCGUAUCACCCCCCAUCUCCCUUUUGCAAACGCAUCCACAAUCCCUGCACCUCUGCUAACUGUGAAGGAGGAACCUGUUGCAGAGUUGGGUGUAUGUCCUCCCAAUAACCAGAGACGUGGACGUUUUGUUGGCGUGAGGAAGAUUGUUGUCAAAGUGGCUCGUAUUCCUGUCAGUCUUAGCCGUCGACAGAAGAGCUACAAGAUAUCCAAUUUAGAGACUGUUACAGGGACAGAGAAAAGCAGUGACGGUGGUUUGGAGGGGUCAGAGGCACUCAAACGCAGGCGAGGUCGACCACCUAAACAGGCUCUGCCAGGAAUACCAGCAGAGUCUCCUAAUGCCGGGAAUGCUGGUAGUAAUGGAGAGCAGCCCAAAAAGCCCAGGAGACGACGUCGGACUAAACUCCCUAUUCCUUAUCCAUGUUAUGUUAAUGAUACUAAUGAUGUGAAAACAGAAUAUGGUGAUGUUCUUUCCAAGCUGGCCUUUUUAAACCGCCAACCCCCUACCACAGGCCGCUGCUCUCCCCCACGCUGCUGGACACCCAGUGAGCCAGAAAGCUUUCAUGCCCCCUUGGAAAACCCUGGAAUAUCCUCCCUGCUUCACCGGCUCACUGGGUUUAGACGCCCCCGAGGUGGCAGAGGAGGGGGCGCUGGAAGAGGUGGAGGAGCAGCAGGGGGCAUUGGAGGCAGUGAGCGCAAUAAGAGCACCUUCAGUGACUUCUUUGAAUCCAUUGGCAAGAAACGGAAACUGAGCCCAAUGUCUGAGCAUGGAUUACCUAGGAAAAGGGGGAAGGGUGUGGGUGGAGGUGGAGUUGGUAGGAGAGGAGGUAUUGUAGGAACUGAGCCCAGGGGAGAGAAAAUAAUCAGAAAGAGGCGUAUGAGAAAAAAUGGUGCGUUUAAAGGGGAGGGGGUUUCCAUGGGACAGGACUGGCCCAAUGGAGCAGGUGGCUGGGGGGAGGAGGAGAGUAUAAACAAAGACAAAGGGUUGGGUGGGUUUCAGCUCUGUGGAUCUCCAAGGAGCGGCUUUUCCUCCUGUGAGGUUGCAAGGGGAGGUACCUACAGUAGUCCAGGGGGAAGCAGAGGGGCUGGGCCAGCUGGAGAUGACUCACAAGGCCUCUUUACUGGAUAUUUCCGGUCACUGCUUGACUCGGAUGAUUCGUCAGACCUAUUGGACAUCUCCUCCUCACAGUCAGAUCCCCGCAAAGCUUCAUCCACCCCUGGUUAUGAGCCAUCCAGCCCAGCUACUGGUGGUCACAGUUGGUCCACUGCAUUCUCCAAGUGGAGCUCCAAGGGUACAAGUUCUGGGGUGGAGGGUUCAGCCCAGACACAUUGCUCCUCAGCUAGGCCUCCAUACAGCUAUAGCAGCCUUGCCCAGACAUCACCCACCACUACUACCUAUACUAAAUCCACUCCUCCAUCUCUCUCACACUCUCCUAGCUCCCCCCAUCCUGCCUCUUAUGGCCACUACUCCUCUGGCUUCUCCUCCUCUUCUCCUGCAGUGUCACAGAGAUCAUCAGACUGCAGCUUUGCAUAUGGGUCUGGAAACAGCAGUGGCAAGGCCACCCCUGUUGGCCAAAUUGGUUAUUCUAGCUACCAAGCAGCUGCCAAGCGAGGCUACAGUGGAUAUCCUGCAGCAGGCCAUUCCUCCAUAGUGCGGGGGGAGUCAGUAGGACCCACAUCACCUGGAGGAGGGUACAUGUAUGUGGCCAGAGGAAGUCCCUUCAGCUCCUCCUCCUCUCCAGAGGGUUACAAACAGUACAACGCCAAUCAGUGGAGCUACAGACAAGGUUAUGGUGGCUGGUCAUCAGACAGUUUUGGGUCUCAGUAUCAUUGCUACAGUGAAUAUGGCUCAAAUGAGUCCAAAGACAUCUUGGAUAUCUCAAACUACACCCCCCAGAAGGCCAAGCGUCAACCUUUUCUUGAAAGUUUAUCAGAAUCCUCCUCUGACUCUUCACAUCUCAGUUCUGCAGCCACUGGUAGUGGACCUAGCUCCACAGGUGGCACAUACAGGCAGAAUGAGGCCAUUUCUGUUGGUGGAGAAGGGGGUCAGUCAAGUCUGUCCAGCCUAGAGAAGCUGAUGAUGGAUUGGCACGAGAGCGCUUCAGGGCCCUCAUAUAACUGGAGCCAGAAUGUCCUCUUUCAGGGCGGGGGAACCAGCAAACCUGGCCGCGGUCGCAGAAAACGGACUGAACUACUGUUAGAAAAGGAAGGGAGUUCCACGUUGCAGUCUGAUUCCCCUUCUAGCCCCUCCCCAACACCUACUCCUGGACCUAAGCGGGGAGGGGCUGGAGGACGGGGCAGAGGGUCUAGAGGAGGUAGAGGUGGUUUGUCUCCAUGCCAGAGAGAGCGGCCAUCAGGGGCUAAAGGCAGGGCUAAGGCUGCUUCUACAUCGGGAGUGGCAGGAGUAGUGACUGCUGGAGGUCCAGAGGGAUCUGGACUGUUCCAGGAGGGACUGGACUAUUACAGUGGGGACAGUAGCAGCCUCUCUCCCCUGGCCACUCCCAAUCCUGCACCACCUUCCAGCUACCUCCAGGACCCCUGUGAGUACCCCUCUCCUUAUUCUGCCCACACCUCCACACCUUCCUCUGAGGAGCGAUAUCCAGCCUUAUACCCUGGAGAGUCCUCCUCUUCUCUGUCACCUAGUGUCUCAUCUCCACCAUACCCUCCCAAGCCCACCCCUCCUCCACCCCAGUCUUACCACCCCAUCCCUUCCAGGACCUUCUCCCCUUCUUGCUCUCCCUCACCACGGGUAACACCUCACUGUGGCACCGCACUGAGUCCCUCACAUCGCCCUCCUCCAAAAGACCCACAGUUCUCGCAGUACGACUCCCCCAGCUACUGCAGCUCCCCUUACUGGUAUGGACAAACAUCGCUCAGUGGCAGCCCCAGCCCACACUCACACAACACACACUCAAAUACAGCCUCACACACGCACACCAACCCGCACACAAGUCCUCAUGGAAAUACACAUGGAAGUACACUCACUAACCCAAAUGCAAAUGCACACACACAUAUGACCACAACUCCCCAUGACACGCAUCCUCAUACCACACAGCCCCACACAAACCUGAGCUCACACACUAGCACCCAUCCCAUUUCACACCUCCAGAGCCACGCCCUCUCCCAUUCAAACCCUCACACCAGCAAUCAGUCCCACCACAAUGCACACACCAACCCCAACACUCACCUGCCCUCCCAUACACACUCAAACCCCAGCACCAGCCUCCACCCUCACUCAGCCCCCGUACGUUAUGAGGAUCGCAGCACUCCCUCUACCAUGACCCCCCACAAGAGGGAUUUGACUGCCCACAGCAUGAGCACAAGCCAUCGCCAGGGCCACCUGCCUCAUCCCCCAUACCCCAAACCUCCCCCGGACUCCUCGCCUCAUCAGGAGGACACUAGCAGCUACUCCCUGUCCCACCAAUCUUACCAGGGCAUUGGACACCGCUACCCCUCCCAGGCGACUCAGGGAGGUGGAGUACUGUGCCAGCUGCUGGACCCAGCCAAUGAGGACAGCUUCAGUGUCACCAGCCUGUAAGAGCAGGAGCAUUCAAUCCAAGGUUUUACAGAUUUGCAAGCAUUUUUUUCUUUUUUGUUUUGGAGACUUCUUUGUGAGAGACUGUGAACAUGAAGGGUGAGAAUUUAGCUGCCAGCUUUGGACAGUAAAGCUUUAAUUCUCCAGCACUGACAAUCAAGAUCAACUGCAACUUAAUCACCCAAGCAUGUACACAUACAAAUGCAUUCACACAUGCACAGACACACAAGUACAGACACGCAUGUGCAGACAAAUUCACUACCUAAACACAAACACAUAAGAUCAUACAUGUAUACACUCACUCAUGCACUACAUGUGAAUGAGGGAAUGGCCGAGAGAAGAAUACCAGACGCUGACUGACAGAUUUUCUCCUUUCGAGUCCUGCUUUGAUAUAUAGAGGACUGUGUUUCCCAGAAGUCUCUAUUUCACCAAAUCUUUCUGGUCCUCUUCUGUACAUCUGCAAUAUGGACUAAGUGUGAUCACACUAUUCUGUCUCUCUUUCUGUUUCUUUCCUCUGUUCUCUCUCAAUCUCCCCUCCUCUGCUAAACCAGCAACCGUGUUCUGCACUCUAUUCAUUAACGCUGCAUUUGUGUCUUGUGCCCUGACUUGAACCUCAUUCAACCUGCAUCUGUACAUAGGACUCCAGCUCCAAGCCAGGGGCCCCCUUUUCACUCUAAAGGUCUGUCAUCAAUAUGCCCUCCUCAGUAUUCUGCCAUGCUUUCUCUGCUCUGGGGGCGGGGGGGGGAACUGCAGCAUGGAGACUCAACAUCCUGUGUUUUGCUGUUUUAACUACAA